AUGCUGCUCUGGGUGUUCUUCCUCAUGAUCCUAACCUUCAGCAGUGGCUCCCACUGCUCCUCGCCCUCCCCGACCCUCAGGGUGCCACGGUAUGCCCACAAGAUUUUCACUGACAGCUUUCGGGAGAUUCUGAACCAGCUGUUUGCCUAUGACCGUCUCCAGAACGUCUCGAGCAGGCAGCAGGGAAAGAGAAACCAGGAGCAAGGAGCAAAGGCAUGGCUUGACCGUCAGAGGGACAGCAUAUGGGAAGACCAAAAGCAGUUGGCACUGGAGAGCAUCCUGGUGGCCCUGCCGAGGAAGCACAGCAGGAAUUCCCGAGGAUGA